AUGAGAGGAAUCGGAGAUAUUGUGCACAGCAAGAAAGACGAAACGGAGCCUAUUCUUCUAAAAGGUUCAAUGGUGCUCAUAGAUGGCGGAAAUUACAUUAUCUAUAUUUCUUCUGUGAAUGUUGCAACGGUUCGGGAACUAAUAGAGCGAAAUCUCCACAUAAGUGACAUGCAAAGACAUGACGGAACGAGGGAUCUUAUCAUGCUCAACCAGAGUCGCAUGAGCCAGGUUGAACUG